AUGGAUCGUCUGGGUAGCGUAAGGCGUAGUCAGGCAGGCCAGGUCAGCAACGUGCGGGCAGCGAGGUACCGAAGGAGCAGGCAGAGAAUGGUCAGGGUCACAAGCCGGGUUCAGUAACUCAUGGGCAGCGCGGUACAGAGGAUCAGGCAGAAGGAUGGUCAGGCAAGCCAGGGGUUAAACAGGAGAUGGUCAGCAACAAUGCAGAGGUCGGCAACAGAAGAUAGGCAGAGGAACAGGAACACAGGAUGCAGGUACAGGGGCUCAUGGGAAACAACACCAAGGCACUGACUGCAGGCCUGGCCAUUCCUUAA